CUCCCUUCCUCGUGGAAAUUAUUUUAUCAGUAUCUGGAUGUGAUUUUAAGAGUGUCUUGAACUUCAGAAGAUUUUUUAAUCUUUUCAAUAGAUUAGUAAUGAUUAGUGAUAAGGUAUGGUUGUUCUUAUAAAUUUGUUAUGUUAUGUGGUUCCUAAUUCGGUAACAUUUAGCUCUCUAUAGUCUGUCUCUUAUAAGCAAUAUUUAUAUUUUGGCAUGUCAUUAAUUAACUGGCCAUUUUCCAUAUGUAAUUUGCUAAAUUAUUCAUUCUUCGUUACAUCUACCUUCAUCUGGGUCGUAGUAGGGCCAUCUUCUUUGAGUCUAUCUUCAUAACAGCGAACCUUUUGUAUUUUCUGCUGUGUUGUUGAAAGUUGUCCUUGGUUAUGCGAAAGAUAAUAUAAUGGACUACUAACCAAAUGUAUAAAGCAAGUGAUUGAGACUAUGAUUGCUUGAGCUCUGUCUUCAGCUGCCAAGUAUACUUUACAUAAAUGUUAUUGCAAAGCCAAAUCACCGAGUGUUGAGGGUGAUAGCUCAUUCAACGGCAUGCAUAUUAGAGGGAAAUGAUGGGAUUGCAAUAGGGCAUGAGCACUUGCGAUUUGGGUCUUUGUGUGAGGCAAGAGGAAGGGUGAAGUGGGGUUGCCUCGACCAAGUGCAGCAGCAGCAUCGGUAGGGUGCAGAACAGGGGAAAUCUCCUGAUUGGCAGGAUUUCAUUGGGAUUAUUACUCUCUUGCUCAUCAAUUCAACAAUUAGCUAUAUAGAAGAGACAAAUGCUGGUAAUGCUGCGGCAGCUCUGAUGGCCCGUCUUGCUCCCAAAUCUAAGGUACUUCGUGAUGGAAAGUGGAGUGAGCAGGAUGCGGCUACUCUUGUUCCAGGUGAUAUCAUUUCUAUUAAACUUGGUGACAUAAUCCCUGCUGAUGCUCGUCUCUUGGAGGGUGAUCCCUUAAAGAUUGAUCAGUCUGCACUGACUGGUGAGUCACUACCUGUGACCAAACACCCCGGUGAUGGUGUCUAUUCAGGCUCUACAUGCAAACAAGGAGAGAUUGAAGCCGUGGUCAUUGCAACGGGUGUGCAUACAUUCUUUGGCAAGGCUGCUCAUCUUGUAGAUUCCACAAACCAAACUGGGCACUUCCAGAAGGUCUUGACUGCUAUAGGAAACUUCUGUAUUUGCUCUAUUGCGGUGGGAAUGCUCAUAGAGAUCAUAGUUAUGUACCCAAUUCAGCACCGUCAAUAUCGAGUAGGAAUUGAUAACCUAUUGGUGCUUCUCAUUGGUGGAAUACCCAUCGCCAUGCCAACAGUUUUGUCGGUUACUAUGGCUAUAGGUUCCCAUAGGUUAUCUCAACAGGGUGCAAUCACAAAGAGAAUGACAGCCAUAGAGGAAAUGGCCGGGAUGGAUGUGCUUUGCAGUGACAAAACUGGAACUCUGACAUUGAAUAAGCUGACUGUUGACAAAAACCUUGUGGAGGUUUUUGUCAAAGGAAUCAAUGCAGAUACAGUGGUGCUAAUGGCAGCCCGAGCUUCUCGAAUUGAGAACCAAGAUGCAAUUGAUGCUGCUAUAGUCGGGACGCUGGCUGAUCCUAAGGAGGCCCGGGCAGGCAUUCAAGAAGUUCACUUCCUUCCUUUUAAUCCAAAUGAUAAGCGAACAGCUCUGACAUACAUUGACAGUGAUGGAAAAAUGCACAGAGUUAGCAAAGGUGCACCAGAGCAGAUCUUGAAUCUUGCCCAUAAUAAAUCGGAGCUAGAACGCAGAGUUCAUGCGGUGAUAGCUAAGUAUGCAGAACGAGGAUUAAGAUCUCUUGCUGUGGCAUAUCAGGAGGUUCCGAAUGGUAAAAAAGAAAGUCCUGGAGGUCCAUGGCAGUUUAUCGGCCUUUUACCUCUUUUUGACCCACCUCGACAUGAUAGUGCAGACACCAUAAGAAGGGCACUUGACCUUGGCGUGAAUGUGAAAAUGAUUACCGGUGACCAAUUGGCAAUCGCCAUGGAAACGGGGCGUCGAUUGGGGAUGGGUACCAAUAUGUAUCCUGCAGCAGCAUUGCUUGGACAGGACAAGGAUGAAUCUCUUGCUGCUCUACCUGUUGAUGAGCUAAUUGAGAAAGCUGAUGGCUUUGCUGGUGUUUUUCCUGAACAUAAAUAUGAGAUUGUGAAACGUUUGCAAGCACUAAAGCAUAUAUGUGGAAUGACCGGUGAUGGAGUUAAUGAUGCUCCUGCCCUCAAAAAAGCUGACAUCGGAAUAGCUGUUGCUGAUGCAACUGAUGCAGCUCGUAGUGCUUCUGACAUUGUCUUGACCGAACCUGGGCUUAGUGUUAUCAUAAGUGCUGUCUUGACAAGUAGAGCAAUCUUCCAGAGGAUGAAGAAUUACACUAUAUAUGCAGUUUCUAUAACCAUUCGUAUUGUGUUGGGGUUUAUGCUACUGGCUCUCAUAUGGCAGUUUGACUUUCCACCCUUCAUGGUGCUAAUCAUUGCCAUCCUCAAUGAUGGUACAAUCAUGACAAUAUCAAAAGAUCGAGUUAAACCUUCCCCCCAGCCAGACAGUUGGAAGUUGUCAGAGAUAUUUACCAUAGGAAUUGUUCUUGGUAGCUACUUAGCGAUGAUGACCGUCAUUUUCUUCUGGGCUGCAUAUAAAACAGAUUUUUUUCCUCGCACAUUCAAAGUGUCAACACUUGAAAAAACAGCUCAUGAUGACUUCAGGAAGCUGGCCUCAGCCAUAUAUCUGCAAGUAAGCAUCAUUAGUCAAGCGCUGAUUUUUGUUACUCGCUCCAGAAGCUGGUCUUUUGUUGAGCGCCCAGGUCUUCUGUUGGUGACUGCUUUUAUUGUUGCUCAACUGAUUGCGACUCUGAUUGCUGUAUAUGCGAAUUGGAGUUUUGCUGCCAUAGAAGGAAUUGGAUGGGGUUGGGCUGGUGUAAUUUGGCUUUACAACCUUGUCAUCUAUUUCCCCCUUGAUAUUAUCAAAUUCAUUGUUCGGUAUGCUCUUACCGGAAAGGCAUGGGAUCUUCUCAUUGAGCAGAGAAUUGCCUUCACAAGACAAAAAGACUUCGGUAAAGAAGCCAGAGAACUCAAAUGGGCUCAUGCUCAGAGGACGCUCCAUGGGCUGCAUCCACCUGAAACUAAGAUGUUUACUGACCGAAGCCAUGUUUCAGAGCUUAACCAAAUGGCUGAAGAGGCAAAGAGAAGAGCUGAAAUUGCAAGGCUUCGGGAGCUGCAUACUCUAAAAGGACAUGUAGAGUCGGUGAUAAAGCUGAAAGGUCUUGAUAUUGGUGCAAUCCAACAAGCAUACACCGUGUAAAUUGUAAUAGUCUGUUGUACAUAAUCUAGUAUGACUGGAUCAGAUUCAGAAUUACAAAUAGGCAUAGCCUAUAACAGCUAAACCCGUCUGUACUAGCUUAAAUUUAUCAUCUGUGUCUGAAAUACGCUUACCAUAUGCACAAUUGUCACGAGCGACAGGUAGUAAUUUCACUGUCAUAAGGAACACGAACACGAACACAAACCACUCAUAUUUAGCCUUUCACUUAGGCAAGAUGGGAAGCACUCGAACAUACACAAUAUUACUUUUGUAGCAUUAAGCAAGUUGUUUUUGAUUAAUUUUUGAUAGUAAAGCAACUUUUACAUUUCUUGUUUAGUUGCUACGAAUAGUAAUGAGUUUGCAAAAUGUCAAUAACUUUGUUAUUCCUUUUUUCUUGACAAAUGUAAUGAGAAUUUUCGUACCACCACCUAAU